AGGGUCAAUUUCUUCCUUUCCCAGGGCCGAGGCGGCAAAGGAAGUAUCUACGUCUGGGCCUCUGGAGAUGGGGGCAGCUAUGAUGACUGUAACUGUGACGGUUAUGCAUCAAGCAUGUGGACAAUCUCCAUUAAUUCAGCUAUAAAUGAUGGACGGACCGCUCUAUAUGAUGAAAGCUGUUCUUCAACCUUAGCCUCUACUUUUAGUAAUGGGAGAAAGAGAAAUCCAGAGGCUGGUGUGGCUACAACGGAUUUAUAUGGCAACUGCACCCUGCGUCACUCAGGAACGUCUGCAGCUGCCCCUGAAGCAGCCGGAGUGUUUGCCUUGGCCCUGGAGGCUAACUUGGAUCUGACCUGGAGAGACAUGCAGCAUCUGACAGUGCUCACCUCCAAGAGGAACCAGCUUCACGAUGAGGUUCAUCAAUGGCGCAGAAAUGGUGUUGGGCUGGAAUUCAACCAUUUGUUUGGCUACGGGGUCCUAGAUGCAGGAGCAAUGGUUAAGAUGGCAAAAGACUGGAAGACUGUUCCUGAGAGAUUCCAUUGUGUUGGAGGGUCAAUACAGGAACCUGAAAAGAUACCACCAAGUGGCAAGCUAGUCCUCACACUUACAACUGAUGCUUGUGAGGGGAAGGAAAACUUUGUCCGAUACCUUGAACAUGUCCAGGCAGUGAUAACUGUGAAUUCAACUCGGCGAGGAGACCUCAACAUCAACAUGACCUCGCCAAUGGGAACAAAGUCCAUUUUACUGAGCCGGCGUCCAAGGGAUGACGACUCCAAGGUGGGUUUUGACAAAUGGCCUUUCAUGACCACACACACCUGGGGAGAAGACCCCCGAGGCACCUGGGCUCUAGAGAUUGGGUUUGUCGGCAGUCUGCCGCAGCGGGGUGUGCUGAAGGAGUGGACACUGAUGCUGCACGGGACUCAGAGUGCCCCAUAUAUAGACCAAAUAGUAAAAGAUUACCAGUCCAAACUGGCCAUGUCCAAGAAGGAAGAGCUGGAAGAAGAAUUAGAUGAAGCAGUGGAGAGAAGCCUGAAGAGUAUACUGAGCAAGAACUAGCGCUGUUCUGCAUGACGGUGUCUUUCCUUCCCCAGAUCCCUCUACUCACCUUUCUACUAUCCAAACCUCUGUGCUAGACAUAUUACAAUGAUUGUCUCUGUAGCCAAAUUAUCACACUUUCUUGAUUUUAAAGUCUUAGAUCUCAUCAAUGAUUAUUUUAAUGACCACUGAAGCAAUCCUUUUUUUACUCUAAACCACAAAUAUAGUCCCCCACUGAAUACUAUGUACAGUUUGUAACUGUAAAUGAUUUUUUCUUUUGUGCCAUACAAAUAGGUAAUAACCUGCAAACAAGUUGAUGGCUUUUCCCUUCGUAUUUUUGUGGUAAGUGUUGUUUGUAU